UGCUUUGCCUUACUCUCUUGAUUAUAUUGCGAUUAUAACAUCUUGAUAUCUAUUGAUUAUACACAAUUAUAUUGUGGUUAUAACAUCUUGGUUAUACAUCACCUUAUCGCAGCACAGAAGGACAGGCAGAUAUAAUGGACCUCAUGUUUUCGCUUUAGCUGCUUUCUGUUGCCCUGUAAGUAGUGGGCUCGUUCAGGAACUCCCUUGUAAGCACCUGAGAAUUUCUGACUGCCCCGAUGCAGAACAAAGUGAUGCAGCAGGCUGAGCAGCACUGCCACGCUUUUCAUUGCAUUUGCAGGCAGAGGCAGCAGAGGACUUGUAGUGACAGAGUAGAGACUGCAGCUUGAGGCCCCUCCUGCUGGGGGAAGGUGAACUGGAUAAGAUAGAAAAGCCCACCAGCAGCUCAGGCAUCACAUACAUUUACUAUUUCUGUGGACUGUGAAUUAUUGCAUGAUUUGGCUGAAAAUAUGUAGUGCACUGAGUAGUGUUUGUCUCUGCUAAUAGCUGACGUUUUAUAGCAUUAAUUUCUGUUAAAUUCAAAGACUGGUGUAAAGCUGGACUCGCAGCGGGUAAUUGCUGAGAAGUGUAAAAGGUACCAAAUUCUGUUCUCAUGGUGUUUGCUGUUAUACUGAGGCUGAAACUAGUUUGCUCAAGGACAAAGUCCGCAGACAGUUAAUAAAAGUGGGCGUAAGGAAGUGUGCUAUCUCUCCCUCCAGAGUUGUUUUAAGGCCAUGUGGCUGCAGCACAGUAGCUCUACUGGGAGCUCAGUGCACUUGUGCAGCCUCCCAGAUGAGAGACUGAAAGUGCUCGCCUGCCUGAACCAGCUGAGGCAGACAGUGGACAUCAUGAAGGUUUUUAAUGAUCCAGUCCAUGGGCACAUCGAGAUACACCCUCUUCUUGUUCGCAUCAUUGACACGCCUCAGUUUCAGCGCCUGCGAUACAUUAAGCAGCUGGGUGGCACUUACUUUGUUUUUCCUGGAGCCUCCCACAACCGCUUUGAACACUCAUUAGGAGUGGGCUACCUUGCAGGAUGUCUGGUUCGUGAACUGAAGGAGCGGCAGCCGGAGCUGGGUAUAACCCAGCGAGACAUCCUCUGCGUGGAAAUCGCUGGGCUUUGCCAUGAUUUGGGUCAUGGGCCGUUUUCACACAUGUUUGAUGGAAGAUUUAUUCCACUUGUUCGUCAAGGUUUGAACUGGAAGCAUGAAACUGCUUCUGUUGAAAUGUUUGAGCACCUGAUCACAUCCAACAAACUGGAGGAAGUCAUGGAAUCGUAUGGUCUCAUCCUGGAGGAAGACAUGGCCUUCAUCAAGGAGCAGAUAGGAGGGCCUAUAGAUGAGUCAACUUGUGAGGCAUCGUGGCCCUACCGAGGACGACCAAAGGAGAAGAGUUUCCUAUAUGAGAUAGUAGCAAACAAGAAAAACGGCAUUGAUGUGGACAAAUGGGAUUAUUUUGCAAGGGAUUGCCACCACCUAGGGAUCCAGAAUAAUUUUGAUUAUAGGCGUUUAAUUAAAUUCACUCGAGUUUGCGAAGCAGGAAACCAGAAGCAUAUCUGUACCCGUGAUAAGGAAGUUGGGAAUUUGUACGAUAUGUUCCACACUCGGAAUUGCCUGCACCGGCGAGCGUACCAGCAUAAGGUUGGCAACAUCAUUGAAAUAAUGAUUACAGAAGCCUUUCAGAAAGCAGACAGUUUUCUUCAAAUAGAAGGCUCUAAAGGAAAAUUGUACCAAAUCUCUACAGCAAUGGAGGACAUGGAAGCCUACACGAAGCUAACUGAUAACAUCUACCUGGAAAUUCUGCACUCAAGUCGUCCAGAACUGAGUGAGGCACGAGAAAUUCUGCGUAAGAUAGAACGGCGUGAGCUGUACAAGUUUUUAGGAGAGACUCAACCCGAGAAAGUGAACGAAAUUCCAAAGGAUGAAUAUGAUGACCUGGCAGGUGACAUUGCUAACUCCAAGCCAGAAAAGGAUCCUCCAAACGUGGAGCUGACAGCUGGAGACUUCAUAGUUGAUGUUGUUAAUAUGGAUUAUGGAAUGAAAGAUCAGAACCCCAUUGAUAAUGUCCUCUUCUACUGCAAGGCUGAUCCUUCCAAGGCCAUCAAGAUCAGUAAAGAGCAGGUUUCAAGGCUUUUACCGGGGACCUUUUCAGAGCAGGUUAUCCGGGUUUACUGCAAGCAUCAGGAUCCAGUUAUUGUUUCAGCUGCAAAGCAGUAUUUUGUUCAGUGGUGUAUAAAGAGGGAUUUCACCAAACCACAGGAUGGUGAUGUGGUUGCCCCUCAUCUAACUCCACUGAAACAAAGCUGGAAUAACAGAAGCAGGGAUGAAUACAUGACAGCUUCAGAGCCCAGCUGCAAGCAGAAGCUUUCUUUCAAUAAGUAAGGUGUCUCCUUUUGCACUGUUCAACCACCUCCUUCAGAAGACGGGCAGCUCUGAGCAGCAGCUCUUUUAAAAUGCAAUCCAAUGAACUGUAAAAAAAAAAAAAUAGAGGAAUGCAGCAGUGCAUUUUACAAUACCAUGUGCUUUUAUGUGUGCACUUAAACUUAAGUGCUUAUUUGGAUUGAAAUGCUACAAAGCUAACAGAGAACCUGUUACAGCAAAGCGAGCUCAGUUCUCGUGUGUUUUUGAAUGUAUUGGUGCUAUUAUAGCAAGAGGAACUUCAUUUAAAAAAACCAUUCAUCAUAAUGGCCAGAAGUGCAGUGGGUUUGACACUGCUUGUCCUGAUCCCUUCUGAAGGCAAUUGCAGCGUUCCUGGAGCUGGUGGAAAAACUUCCUUCUCCUUUAAUCUUUGUUAUUCCACCACCUCUUGUUUUCUGUAACGAUCUUUUUAUUGAAGAUGACAGUUGUGGUGUUGAAAGCUGAUGGGAUGCAGGCCUCUUGCUAUGAAAGUGACCACACAACUUGUAUUGAAGUAGCACUGCCCUGCAGUGGCACGCAGCGUUUUACUGUUUUUAUAGCAUAUUUUUGAUACAUUGAAUGUAACUCUUUUUUUAACUGCUACACUGAACUGCAGAACUCCUCAACAGCUCCGUGCCUGGGGUGCUUGCAGGAAAGCAGAGCUCAGUGCUGGCUCUCAGUGUAGUGGUGGCCCAGCAGUGGCUCUGCUUCUCCUUGCUCCCAGCACAGGCUGUUUCUGCAUUUCUCUGCACUGGGUGGUCAGGUUCUUCAGGAACCCUUCCAUGAUUGCAUCCCGUCCCUGUUUUCCUGGCCUGAUGGUUGCUGUUCUGGUGUAUUUUUUAUCUCCCUUACAGACAAUAAGGGUUCUUACACUCUCCCCUAUGGGCAGUACUAGUGUGAGUGUUCCUAGGUGUCUGUCCCAUCAAAAAGCAAACAAGGAAGACUUCUUCCCCGUUAUACUCAGGUCUGAGGUGUUCUCUUUGAAGGCUGCUUUCUUUAAAUGAAGUUAAUUAAUAAAAACCCAUCUUCAAAACUACUAAGUAAAGCGUUCUCACCCUCAAAACUGCGAAGUAAAGUGUUCUUUAGUGCUCAGAAACUGGAAAAGAGCUUUGGAUUUCUGUGUCUGAAGAGAGGAUAUAGAAGCUCAGCAUUCAGACGUGACAGCCAAGCUUUUGAAGCCAAGCUUCUGCGUGAGAAGGUGGUGUCACUCUUCUCCCGUCUGGUUGCUUCCUUGGGCUGGAGGCUGAUGGCAGUGACGUGAGAGGAGGUAUUGGCCUGCUUUGCAGAUGUGGUCUGAACUGCUUUGCAGUUGUUGUUCUGCGCUCAGCUGCUUGUGAGCCUGUGUUUAAUGGUGAUGCAGCACCGCCUCUGCUGUUCCUGUUAAUAGCAUUUCACAGCUGCAGUGUACCACGUUACUGCUGGAAGGUGGGGGGACCUUUAUAGAAGCUUUUGGAGUACUUGUUCUAUGGUUCAAGGAAUAAUGUUACAGAGUGAAGGCAUUUAUCCUCGUUAUCUAAGUGAAAUCAAGUACUGUUCCAAAAUAAUGUAAUUCUAUCACUGUUCCUUGGGUUUGUUUUGAUGCUGUUAUAAAAGGUGCACUUUAUAUUUGGGAAAAGCUUUCUGCUCAAAACUAAGCAAAAACUUUGUACUUAGAACUUAACAUCUGGUAGAGUUGGGACUCUUCUUUUUCUCAGACAUAAUCUGAGCCUUUCUGUGCUGAAAAAUAAAUUAAUAAACAACGAUUUUAAUAUUC